UGUUCCAAGGAAGUGCGCGCUACUGACAAUUCCCACUAGGCGAAAACCGUUGAUGAACAAGUAUCUGUGCGUUUAUUGGCUGCAAUAUUGAAAUUCAUUGCGACCACCCCUAGAAAUGCUUCUAUUCAACGCACUGAUUACUUAUUAUUGUUAUCCGGACGGAUUCUGUCGCACGCAUUCCGUUCAUCUUCCACUUCAUUAUCCCCACGAUUUAAGCGAUGAUUUGGACCAAUUAGACACAUCCAUCUCUGAAACUGGUCACCGUUGGCGAUGUAUGCGCGAGGCAAUCGAUAUACUCAAAACUCUUGGAGACUGUCAAGUGAAAGCGGAUUCAUCAAACUGUUUUGAUGAAUGCAGCGUUGUUCUCCUGGAGCAUGAUAAUGUAGAAGAACAGCCUCCGAGCGAUAUUGUGACCGCCGCAGCUUUAAACAGUGGAUUCGAAACUGCUAUGACGGAUUCGGAGGACGUACCGAUGUCUGUGGAUGAACCCACGACCCCUCACUACUCAACGUGUUUGGGACCUCAGAUUAUAUAUGCCGACGAAAAUCAAUCCAACGAUAGGGUCGCAUCCUUCUAUCUCGGCGAUUACAAGAGCAAAAUACCAAAGCCUAACCUUCCUGCUGUUCGUGCACUGGGACCGUCUUUUCUCCUGAUGAAUCCUCCAGCCAAUUUACAGAGAGAAGGAAACAGCUUUUCUACACCUCAACACAUCUCAUCUGAGAAUUCAAAACAACCGACCUCAAUGCCAUCUAGGCUCCGUCGACCCAAGGGGGGCAUCCCGGUCGCUAGUUUAACCCGACCUGAAGGCAUCUUCCCAUCCGCGGCGCCUUGGUCUUGA